UUUGUGAAUGUCUCUCGUCUUAGUGAAAGAAUUUUUUUCUGUCUCAGGAACAAGAUUCAAGAUAUAAGCCUGGUGGAAGAUAUAUAGCAGCAUGAAUUUUACACUUUCAUUAAUUGAAACUAUUACGAACAAUUUUUCGGAUCAGCAAAAAGUUGGCAGUGGUGGGUAUGGAGAUGUUUACAGGGGGGAGUAUAAUGGCAAGGAGAUUGCUGUGAAAAUGCUUCACCCCUUGCAAGGACUUGAUGAUAAGGAAUUUCACAAUGAAUUCCGCAAUCUUGCAAAAAUCGAACAUCAAAACAUCGUACGGUUAAUUGGUUAUUGUUACGAAUCACGACACAAGUACGUUGAGCACCAGGGACAGGAAAUUUUUGGUAAAACACUGGUGCGAGUUCUCUGCUUCGAAUAUAUGCACGGUGGAAGCCUUGAAAAACAUAUUGGAGAUGAAUCUUGUGUACUUGAUUGGCCCAUAUGUUACAGAAUUAUUAAAGGGACUUGUGAGGGUUUAAAUCACCUGCACAAUGCACAGAAAAAUCCAAUUUUCCAUCUGGACUUAAAACCUGCUAAUAUAUUGCUGGAUAAGCACAUGACGGCCAAAAUUGCAGAUCUUGGUUCGUCGAGACUCGUUGCUUCAAUGGAAACUCAUAAAACAGGGACUGUAAACGGAACACAAAAGUACAUGCCACCAGAAUACGUGAAUGAUGGUUAUAUGUCAAACAAGUUUGACGUGUUUAGUUUAGGAGUUAUAAUUAUCGACAUAAUGGCUGGAAAUAGUGGCUACUCCCGUCGUUCUGAAAUGUCUCCCAAACAGUUUGUUGAGCUUGUAAGUGAAAACUGGAAAGGAAGGCUGCAAGCAACGUCGAGGUAUUUAUCACACGAAAUAGACACCCUACAAGUGAAGACAUGUGUUGAACUAGCAUUAAGAUGUUUGGAGGCUGACCGAAAUAAAAGGCCUUGUAUAAAGGAUAUUGUCCACGAACUGGAAGAACUAGAAGCUAAGAUUGAAAAAAAAUCACUAACUUCUGACCAGUCAAAAGACCUAUGUGGCCAGAAGUUUUUGUUCCUAAGAAAUGAAGAUGGGCCGGCCCACCAGUCAAUUGAACGGAGAGAGGAGAGGCCGGCAGGGAAGGAGAUGGCGGAGAACUGCUUUGGUGAAGUAGUGGACAACUACAAGCUUGACGAAGUGGCGAGGUACAUGUGGAAACCCAAGACGCAAGAAGACCGAGCACGGCAGGCCUGGUAUCUCAUGAACGAUGAUGACAAGAAGGGCAAGGCGUCCAGGUAUGUGGACGUCCUCAAGGCCUUGUACGGCAACGGACAGUCCACAUUGUGCCUAGUCUACAAUGCGACCGGUGACACCCUCUACUAUGUCGCCAACCACGACUGGUACGGCUACAUCGGCAGCAAAGUGGGGUACCCUGCCGAGAUCGGCAACGGUCAGUGGGCUGCCUUCCAUCACGUCCACAGACUCGGCGAACCGUCAGGCUCGGUGGGAGCCGUCGUCUACCGCGGCAAGAAGAAAGAUGGCCAGGACCAAGACUACAUGCUCGCCUGGAGUACCCCAUGGGGUUUCUACUACCGCAACAAGGCUUAUGGCGAGAUUGGUGGUGUCGACCAUUUUCAACGACGUUGGGACGAGAUAUAUGUCAAACUGACCAAUUCUGGUUAUUCUUCAAACACCAAGUCCGGUGGUUGUGAGAUUGAAGCACAAAUUGAUAAAGGCGAUAGUCCUAAGUUUACAGCAACAAUAAAAACCGAGCAUGGUCCAUGAAAGCGUACCUACCUCUUGUGCAUUGUGCUACUUCAUCUAUGGAUGGAUACUUAAACCCAUUUGUUAUCCCCUUGUGUCCGAUGGUCUUAUCGCAUGCAAUCACCUGUUUGUAUUUUUAUCGUUGCUUGUAGUCUGUCUAUGUUGUGCCUGUAAAACUCAGAGAUUGGAUUUACAGGAGAUGAGAUGGUGUUGAUUAGACCUUGCACUAAAUUGCGUACCUUGCAUUGAAG